AUGUCGGGUCAAUGCUAUACAGUGUUAUCAAGCGUCACUCAGCCUAUUCUGUCAGCACCGAUCACUGGUCCACCGAAGUCAAUUCCGUUUGCACAACCAACCGUUCUAAUAGAGGGAUCGAGCAACCAGUUGCCAGAGUCACUUCAUCCAAACCAUCCUCCGCUAAAUCAGCAACGAGCAGUAGAGGAUAACCUGAGCCAGUGUUCUGAUGCAGCUUCCAGAAGAUCCACCAAGCAGAGACAGUUGGAAUUGCAGUUACAGCUUUUGCACGAAGAGAGAAAAAUCCAAGAAGCAGAAGAAUCGAUCCGACGUGAGUACCUGCGUAAGCGACACGAGCUACUCAAAGAGAUGGCCAACGAAAAUGCCUCGUUAUCAGAUGUGGAGAAAGAACGAUCGAGCAGUGAUCCGAGAGCGGCUCGUGGUAAAAAGGAAACAGCCUAUCUCAACGCACAUGCGGGUCAAGCAAGCGAUGGUCAGCAGAACAGAACGAUUCGAACCAACAAACUAGCUCCACCAACUCCGACUGAGAAAUUAUGUCCAGUAUGCAAGGCCAGCUGCCCUUCGGUAGAAAAAUGCGCACGGUUCGUUGAGCUCGGAUACAAUUCCCGUUGGGCAACCGUAAAAGAGUUUGGGGGCAAGGAAGGUAAACUUAACCAGCCGAUCGCCACAAAAACUCGGUUAGGCUGGAUCAUACACGGUGGAUCAAAACUGAGCGGUGAAUUCGUUGGGUAUCACAAGACGCAAAGGUGCUCUUGUGAUGAGCUGAACGAAGCGGCGGUGCGCGAAUAUUUCGCGGUCGAAAAUGUAGGCAUUUACCAACCGAAAUAUUCACUUAUUUCAACUGAAGACCAACGAGCAAUAGAUAUUUUGAAAUCCUUCAAACAAACCGAAAGUGGACACUACGUUUCUCGAUUGCUGUGGAAGUAUGACAAUUUCCGCCUCCCGAAUAGUAGAUCCAUGGCUUUACAACGUUGGCGUUGUUUGGAAUCACGCCUCAAAAGAGAUCCUGAGUUGGAGUCGAUACUUCGGAUGAAACUCAUCGAAUACUGCAAGAAAGGAUAUAUACGCAAGCUGACGGAAGAAGAGCUAUCCCAACCCCGACCACAAAUAUGGUACCUUCCUAUUUUUCCAGUAUUCAACCCAAAAAAACCGGGCAAGGUGCGAAUCGUUUGGGACGCAGCGGCGAAAACCAACGGAAUAUCCCUGAAUUCAAUGCUGCUCACCGGACCGGAUUUGCUGACGUCCCUUGUUUAUGUGCUCAUCAAGUUCCGGACAAAUAAAGUGGCAAUAUGUGCAGAUGUGCGGGAAUUGUUCCACCUAGUGUGGAUUUCGAAAGAGGACCAAGAUUGUCAACGAUUUCUUUGGAAGGAAAAUCCAACAGAUGUAGCUCCAAGUACCUUUGUCAUGCAAGUGAUGACGUUUGGAGCAUGUUGUUCACCAAGCUGGGCCCAAUAUGUUAAAAACUUGAACGCCGAAAAACACGCAGGAGAGUACCCAGCAGCAGCAACGGCAAUAGUACAAAACCACUACGUGGAUGAUAUGCUGGUUAGCGCGGAAACCGAAAAUGAAGCGAUUCGGUUGGCACAAGAAGUUCGCCACGUUCAAGCCAAGGGCGGUUUUCAAAUGGGUAGCUGGGUUUCCAACUCUUCAGCAGUGCUUGCUGCCUUGCAAAAGGAACGAAUCGACGAGAAGAGCCCUAAUCUAGGGUCAGAGCUAGCUACAGAGAAGGUUUCAGGCAUGUGGUGGCAGACUGCAACGGACGAGCGUACCUUCAAGUUAUCGCCAAUGCACGACAUUGGUCUUUUAUCCGGAGAUCGGCGAUCAACCAAGAGAGAGGUACUGAGGACCCUGAUGGCCAUUUACGAUCCUCUGGGACUGCUAUCGAACCUUCUGAUCUUCCUAAAGGUCCUGCUACAAAAAAUAUGGCGCGCAGGAGUUGGUUGGGAUGACGAAAUUCCGGAAAAUCUUCAUGAACAAUGGGGGAAGUGGAUAGGAGUUUUGCCGUUAGUACAGGACGUCCGUAUCCAGCGAUGUUACCGCUCCCGGACGCAGAUUGCCCCAGAAACUAGAACACAGCUACACACCUUCGUCGAUGCUAGCGAGGAUGGCUAUGCAGCAGUAGUGUAUCUACUUUUUCAACAGAAAGGUGUUAUAGAAUGCGCAAUUGUGGCGGCAAAAGCGCGCGUUGUGCCGCUUAAGUUCGUCUCAAUUCCAAGGCUCGAGUUACAAGCCGCAGUAGUUGACCACCGCCGCUACUCGCAGUACGUCGCCUUUCGCGUUAGCACUAUCCUGGAGACCAGCGAUAUAGCAAACUGGAGAUGUGCUAGCUCUAAAGACAACGUAGCAGAUGAAGCAACAAAGUGGCAACGAUUGUCGGACCUUAGUAGAGAAAGUCGAUGGCUCAAAGGACCAAAAUUUUUACAGCAGAACAGCGAUGACUGGCCAUUCGAGCCGUUUACAACCGGUUCCACGACGGAAGAAAUACGACCUAGUCUGCUCCAUCACCGAAUUACUUUAAAACCACGUUUACCUGUAGAAGACUUCAAGCUACAGCAAGCAAGUCAUCGUGUUAUUAGGCAGGCACAGUAUGACUCCUUCCCAGAGGAAAUAGAAAUUCUCCUGAGCAGCAACGCCACAGCGGAGACUCUCCCGAAACAGAGCACGAUCUACACGAUGAGUCCGUUUCUAGACGAGCAACGAGUGAUGAGAAUGCGUGGAAGAAUCAGUCAGUGCGAAUAUGCUACAAUGGAUGCACGAAAUCCAAUCAUCCUCCCAAGAAUUCACCACAUAACAAUGCUUGUUGUGCGCGACUAUCACAUGCGAUAUCACCACCGCAAUCAUGAGACUGUGAUCAAUGAGUUGCGACAAGUGUAUAGAAUUCCGAAGCUUCGUGUUGUUUACCGUAGCAUGCGAGCAAGCUGUCAAAGGUGUAAGAACGAAAAGGCGCAUCCUCAAGCACCGAUGAUGGGUGAACUACCAGAAGCUAGAUUGGCAGCAUUCAGUAGGCCCUUUACCUUUGUGGGGGUGGAUUAUUUUGGGCCGUUCGCUGUGUCGGUGGGACGAAGAUCAGAGAAAAGGUGGGGUGUACUAGUGACAUGUCUGACGACACGGGCGAUACAUAUUGAGAUUGCACAUACGCUUAACGCAGACUCAUGCAUGAUGGCACUACGCAAUUUUAUGGCACGACGAGGUGUACCGCGUAAAAUAUUCAGCGAUCGCGGCACGAACUUUGUGGCAACAAAUAAAGAACUUGAACUGACACUGCAAGAAUUGGAUCAUAUAAAGAUUGUCCAGGAAAUAGUCAGUCCCCAUACCGAAUGGUGUUUUCUUCCACCAGCUUCUCCACACAUGGGCGGGGCAUGGGAAAGGCUAAUCCAGAUCGUAAAGCGUAAUCUGCAAGACAUGCAACCUCGACGCCAACUCAGCGACGAAACAUUUCGAAAUUUGUUAAUCGAGAUCGAAAGCAUUUACAACUCACGUCCGUUAACGCACGUUCCAGCAGAAGAUCCGGAGGCUCCGGUUCUAACACCAAACCAUCUUAUCUUGGGUUCAUCCAGUGGCCUUAAGCCGGUAACAUCAUUUGACGACAGUACCGAGGCGUUGAAGCGCUCCUGGCGUGCUUCACAAGCGGAAGCAAAUAUUUUUUGGCGGCGUUGGGUUCGUGACUACUUGCCAGACCUCACAAGACGCACAAAAUGGUACGGCGAUGUCAAGCCAGUCGAGGUAGGCGACAUAGUGGUCAUCGUAGACCCCGGAAAUCCACGUAACUGCUGGCCCAAAGGCAGUGUAAUCUCCGUUAACACGGAUGAAGAUGGUAGGGUGAGGUCAGCAGCAGUUCAAACAGCAUCCGGAGGAGUUUAUGAACGUCCAAUGGUCAAGCUGGCAGUGCUCGAUGUUCGACGCGAUGCGUAA